AUGCUCAUUCUCGAUUCAAGCACAUCAUCUUUGCAGCAGACACCAGACAUUCUGCCGAUCCCACGCGUAGAGACGAUGAGCCAGCGCAAACUCACUACGACAGGGCCACUCGAGCUGGCGCCAGCGAAGUGGCUGCCACCACGACCCAAGCCUGACACACCAGACCUCUUCACGGCACUCCCACCGGAGCUUCGGAACUAUAUCCAUGAGCUGGUGUUGCCAGCAGGCCAGUACUACUGGAUGCACGGUGGAUUCAGCACACAGAGCAACGAUGAGGAGCCCUCAAUGCUACGCACCAGCAAGCAGAUCCGAGCAGAGGCAAGCGCGAUGUACUACGCUAGUAACGAGUUCAGGUUCAACAUGCUGCUAGGUGGUGAGCGGUUUGCAAGGUAUGUUACUGGGCGCAGUGAGCAUAAGAGCAAGGGAUGA